CGCACAGCCGCCGGGCCCGAGCUGGCGCAGGGGGCGGGCUUGGGGUUAGCUCUGGCCUGGGCCUCGCCUGUGCCCUCCCCUGAGCAGCUGCCAAUCAGCGGAGCGAGGAAUCGGAUUGGUGGAGUGGAAGCUGUUGCCUAGGAGCCCCCUUCCCUUCCCCCCGCCCCCUGCACUCUCCUUCCAUCCCCAGGGCCCUGGGAAGGGGCACAGCGUGGGAAAGGGAUGGUUGAGUUUUAACCCGAGGCAGAGCGUGAGCUGGAUCAGUGUGUGCGGAACGCAAGCAGCCGAGCGCGAGGAGUCGCGGCUGCUGUUAACUCCUUCCUGCCUGCCGCGCCGGCCCUUCCCGGAGCCCCAGCUCAGCCAGCAUGAAGCGAGCCCAUCCCGAAUACAGCUCCUCUGACAGCGAGCUGGACGAGACCAUCGAGGUGGAAAAGGAGAGUGCGGAUGAGAGUGGAAACUUGAGUUCGGCCCUAGGUUCCAUGUCCCCAACUACGUCUUCACAGAUCUUGGCCAGGAAAAGACGGAGAGGCAUCAUUGAGAAACGCCGACGAGACCGGAUCAAUAACAGUUUGUCUGAGCUGAGGAGGCUGGUACCCAGUGCUUUUGAGAAGCAGGGAUCUGCUAAGCUAGAAAAAGCUGAAAUCCUACAGAUGACUGUGGAUCACCUGAAAAUGCUGCACACUGCAGGAGGGAAAGGCUACUUUGACGCCCAUGCCCUGGCCAUGGACUAUCGGAGUUUGGGGUUCCGGGAAUGCUUGGCAGAAGUCGCCCGCUACCUGAGCAUCAUCGAAGGACUUGAUGCUUCUGACCCGCUUCGAGUCCGACUGGUCUCGCAUCUUAACAAUUACGCCUCCCAGCGGGAAGCUGCUAGCGGAGCGCACUCGAGCCUUGGACACCUUCCCUGGGGGAGCACCUUCGGACAUGCCCCACACGUGGCGCACCCGCUGCUGCUGCCCCAGAAUGGCCACGGGAACACUGGUUCCGCGGCCUCGCCCACGGACCCGCACCACCAGGGCCGCUUGGCCGGGGCACAUCCAGAGGGGCCUGCCCUGCGAGCGCCCCCUAGCAGCGGCCUUGCACCAGUGCUCCCUGUGGUCACCACCUCCUCCAAACUGUCGCCGCCCCUGCUCUCCUCCGUGGCCUCCCUGUCCACCUUCCCCUUCACUUUCGGCUCCUUCCACUUACUCUCUCCCAAUGCACUGAGCCCUUCAGCACCCACGCAGACAGCAAACCUUGGCAAGCCAUAUAGACCAUGGGGGACGGAGAUCGGAGCUUUUUAAAGAACUGAUGCUGUAGAAUGAGGGAGGGGACAGCUUAAAAUCCCAGCUGAGCUGGGCUGUUGCCAACAUCACCUAAAGUCGUCAGUAACAUAAAGAGGAAAAAGGUACAAUUCCAGAUAAAUUUUGUUGAAAAACUAAAGGUUUGUUGGUUUACCUUUUCUUUUUAAAUGUUUUUUUUUAAAUUAUGACAUGUAUUAGCAGUUUUAAAAAACUAGUUGUUACAUUUUGUUCCAAACAGUAAACGAAAAUAGUAUAAACCAACACUUGGUGAUCCUAUCCAUCUAAAAAUGGAUAUGGAUAUUUUUAUUCCAUUUUUGCCUCAAAGUUUGGGGAAUUCUAAUAUUUAGUAUUUUGGGGCUGUUUAUCUCUGUAUAGUUACAUUCUCUUCUUAAAAUUAAUUUUUCAUACCACUAUGCUCAAUGUUAACACAACACUAUUAAUAGUUUGACAAUUAAGGUGUUGUAUAAAUAAUAUUCUUGGGGGGGAUAUUGAAUUUUAUAUUUCUGAACAAAGCGUUGACAAAUCAGAUGACAAAUCAGCUUUAUCCAAGACAGUAGACUAGUUCAUUCUCUGUCUCCUACAGCAGGAAAGGUGAAUGUACAAACAAACCGUCAUCUGCCAGGACUGGACUUGUGGCUGAGUUAGGAGGGAGCCACCUGUACUUUAGGCCCUCUUUUGCAGUUGGCUGGGAGGAGACUGAAGAUAAUUGCAUAGACUAUGCCUGCAUUAACAGCCUCCAACAAUGCAACGCAUUUUUAAUCUCACAGACCUCAAACUCACAAAUGUUAACACAGAUAAGUGAACAGGGUGGUCAAGUGACCAGUCAGUCAGAUAGUCCAGCAGGACUUGUUAAAAGCAUAACCUAAUUCUUCCUGGAAUGGCCAUAUUUUUUGUCAAUGGAAAUUUUUAUGUUUGUGCUUUUCCUUUUGGUGCAUGAAGAUGUGGCUGUUGAGAUAUUUAAAAGGGCUUUGCUGCCUUCUUUUUGGUUUAUUUUAUUUCAUUCAGGCUAUGAAAACAUCAUUUUCCAGGUUUAUUCAUUUAGCAGGUGUAGCUUAAGCACCCUCCUACUGAGCUGGGUUUGACCUCUGUUGUACUGAUGUGU